AUGGCUGAGGUGUCCACUGGACCCAGAUCUGAACACCCUCCUCUUACUAUGCACGACAAGCCUGCUGAUAAAAGAUACUGGCACCAACUUGGUGCUGUGUCUGAUGUGGGAAUGACCCAGAAAAAAGAGAAAAUGCCGCAAGCUAGCACUCCAGACUGGCGCAAUACGAGGGAUCUUAUUGUGAACAUUCUGGAUGACCUGAAUCUUCCAAUGGUAGGGGUCGUCAUCACGAAGGGCAAAACAUUGAGAGGGUGA